UGGCUCCGCCCUCUUUUCUCUCACAUGGACAGAAGAGCUUCCUGUUGACGUUCGUGCGUCCUGACAAUAGAUACUGAUAGCGCACUCCGAGUUUCUUCAGGCGUUUCGAUAGAAAACACAACCCGAUAAGGUGUUUUAGACGGUCAAUAAACCGUCUUUCUCUCGGUAUGGCGGAGGCACGCGCUGAAGAGGACGAGGAGCGCUUGCGUGAGUCCGGCGGCGCGAGACGAAGAGCAGAACACUCAGACAGAAACAAACCCGAUCAGCGCCACUCCAGCCAAGGGCCGCUUUCCUCCAUCAGAGCCGUCAUCAAACGCACAUCAGCGAGAACGAGCUCUCAGAGUGACCAUCAGCGAGACCGCAGGCGUCCAGAAAUCACCAUCCUCUCUGCUGAGCCGCUGCCAUCCAAUACAUGGUUCCCAGGGGCCUCUGGGGCAUUUCCUCCAGCCCCGCCCCCAGCCCCGCCCACAUGGGCUGCAGGCUCGGCAACAGUGCAGCUCCCGCCUCCAUCCUACGAGCAGGUGAUCCGAGAAAAGAGCCGUGAGCAGAAUCUUCACUCCUCCUCUUCGUCAUCAUCUCCAUCUCCAUCUUCUCGUCACUCUACCUCCACCAUCGCCACGCAGACGGACACAAACUCCCCCGGCCCACAGUCCUCUGCUGCUCGUCCAGUUCGUAGGCAGUCCAAACCCCCGCGGCUCUCACUGCCCCUCAAACACAUGCCUGAAUUGGACUGGUCUAAUACAAAUGCCGGUGCUCAGCCUCGAGAGGCUCUGCGCGAACAGUGUGGUGUCCAGACGGACUUCGAUGACAUCAUCGAUGACAUCUCUCCCAUAGGCCCCGCCCCCACUGCCAGCACUUCCACCCAGAUCAACUUCGAUUCCACAGGGGACCCGAUGAAAGAGGAGCCGAGUGUUCGUCCCAGACCUCGGCCGCGCUCCAGAGUCGCCCUACGACCCAACGAGGAUGUUCUGGACCAGCCGAUGACGAGGGAGGUGAAAGUUCAGACUCUGGUGCGUCUGAAGGACGAUGGGGCCGAGAAUCUGUUCGCCGGGUUUGACGACGCUCCGUCGAACAUCUCCAGCAAAUACCUGCAAGACCUGCUGGAGGUGUUUGGUUCGGACGAAACGCAUGUUCAGCAUGGAGACAGUCAACAAAGCGAUGCAAGCACUGUAGAAGAAGAGGAUAAUAUGGCCGUUUUCGAUGCUCCAUGCACCGUUAUAACACCUGAACCAGUAGAACCGUUCAAUAGACCACAACCACAACCGCGACCUAGAACUCAGAAAUCCAAACCCCAGCUCGCCCCAAAACCAUCUGUCUUUGAGGUUUUUGAUACCAGAGAACCUACCGUUGAGCAAAACCCCUCCAAACCCCUGAGUCCACCAGUUCCAGCACCCAGACCCCUUCUGAACAAACUCCAGAGUCCAUCAGAGUCCAGAUCUUCAUCUGCCAAACCUUCACCAGCCGCCUGUCCUGACAGCACUCCUCCCAGGCAGCAGAUGGCAGCGGUGGCCUCCACUCCGUCCGAGAGGAGAAAUUCCGAUGAUCAAACUACAAACACUCCAGUGAAGACGCCGCCAGUGAUAGUGACUGACAGGAACGUUGGAAAACGUCCGUCGGUCCCCAAACACUCCCGUCCACCUCCACCUGUGCUCAGAAAGACACCGCCCACCUCACAGGCCACGGUGGAUGUUUUCAGAGCUCCUGACGCUUCCAUUCCUUCUCUUCCUCCGAGACCCAGUGGCGGCAAACUCCUCCCACUCCGCCCUCCUCCAAUCAAAGUGGCCAAACUUCCAGGCUCCUCCUCCUCCCCUGCUGUGACCAAUCAGCUGCCAGGCAGCAGGGUGCCAAAGAGAGGCCCGCCCCUCCCUCCCCGCCCCAAACCAGGACAUCCGCUUUACAAGCGCUAUUCUAGAAAAGUUCUUCCAGGAGAUGCAGAGCUGGAGAAUACCAGCAAAGAGCAAGAGGAACCACCUGAGGAAACGUCUUUGCAUGAAGAAGAGCACCUGAUUGUCCUGGAUGAUACAGACGUCCCACAAACACCAUCAAACACACUCCACGACCUCUGCUCGUCAGGAGAGGUCAAAGGUCAAGAUGUGACUGUCAGUGAGCUUCUGCUGGACAAAGAGCCCUUGGAGCAGCAGAUCCAACAAAACACACAGAACGGGUGAAACA